AUGCAACAGUCUUCCCACCAGGAUGCCGCUACGGACCCUACGGACCCUGGUCUACGUUCCACCCUUUCAAAUAUAGCAGCGCACCUCCGACCGUGGAAGGAUUACGCCCAGAAUCCAGCCUUCCUCGCCUCCUUUGCGUUGUCACUCCUCUACCUCACCGUCCUGGGCUUCGGUUCCCAGACGACCACAUACCUCCUCACACUCGACUUUACUAGUACUCACGUUUCGCUUAUGCGACUUGCCUCCGUCGUAAUCGAACUCUCAGCUACCGUCGCAGCCCCUUGGCUUACGAACAAAAUUGGUGCCGUACGAGCAGGACUCUGGUUUAUCAACGAGCAGCUCUUCUGCAUCGCCUUGGCUAUCGGGACUUUUGUCAUGAUGGACAACAAAGCAAUGCUAGCAGCCGGUGCUCUGGUUCUUGGAAUAUGUCUGUCCCGUCUCGGUCUAUGGGGAUUCGACCUUUCCGUACAAUUCCUGGUCCAAGAAGACGCGCCAAAGGCUACACGCGGAUCAUUCUCCGCUAUUGAGAUGUCACUACAAAAUCUCUUCGAAAUGCUUUCUUUUGCUACCACAAUGGUGUUUUACCGACCAAAGGACUUUAAGAUACCGAUUUUCAUCAGUGCGGGUGCGAUUAUGUCUAGUGCGGCGUGCUUCGCUGGCUUUGUAAGGAAGAAGAGAGGGCAUUUGCUGCACACGGAUAGGUGUGUUAGGAGGAUAUACAAGAGCAAGACGGGGAGAUAUCAGGUUCUACCAACCAUUGAGGAAGAGAUUGAGAUUGACGAGUAUACGAGCUAUGGAAGCAGACAUGAAGUGCGAUGAGAGGUAGAUAUCAAUUAAAUUGAAGAUUUCAUCCAAGAAACGA